AAUGGCGGCAGCAGCCCGAGGGAAGUUUGUGUGGUUAGAAACGCUUCGUAGUGCAAGGAAAACUAGCCUUGUUCAAGAUGGUCGACAAAAAGUUCAUUAUACUUUUCCUGAUGGAACAGAGAUGGUAGAGGAAUAUGAGGUAUCUUCUGGAGAACUCUUGGUGAGGAAAUGGAAAAAGAAAUCUACACUCGGUAGAGAAGGGAAAUGGGAUUAUGAGAUAGGUGAAGACCUCAGGCCUGUCAAUUUGGAUAUGGAAAAUAUCAGUGAAAGUAGAGGAAAUCCCAUGUUUACAAGAAAAGACAAUAGUAAAGCCUUUCAGUGGAGAAUAAGAAAUCUUCCAUAUCCAUUGGAAGUAUACAGUGUGACAGUUGAUGAUGACAAACACUCCAUGAUAAUAAGGACAAGCAACAAAAAAUACUAUAAAAGGUUUCAAAUUCCUGACAUGGAGAGAGCAAAAGUGGACUUGGAACAGAGUGCAAUAUCUAUAGCCCAUGCCAAUAACACACUCAUAAUCACAUACAAAAAGCCCCCUUUGAUUCUUGAACAAGAAAAGCUUAUCCGACAGGAACUAGUCAAAAUGAAAUCAAGUCGCGACGGAGAUGUGGAGUGCACACCAAGCUGACAAAAAGGUCCAUAUCUGGUUAUUGUGUUGUAACUUGCUCUCUUCAAUGUAAGAAGAAGUCUAAAGAAGCAGCUGGGUGACAUCAUCAGAGUCGAAUCAAGAGUUACAAAACAAUGAAUUGCGAAAGUUGAUGUAAAUUCUUUUAACAUAAUCUGCUCUGUUUGAUAGUUAACCUGUAAAGUUGGUGAAUGGAAAUUUAUUGCGUAAUAAAAAUUUGAGUGCCUGUUCUGCUUUAGACGUAUGUCUUCAAGACCCUGCCUGGAUUAUAGUAGAUUCAGAAAUACCGUUUAUUUACUGAGUGUAAGGUUUAAGACUGUCCUGAUGGCUUGACUGGAUUGAAUUGCGAAAGAUUGCCCGUGCUUUUCUGGGGCUUUGAUCAACUUUAAAGGACUUGGCUUUCCUCUAAAUAGAUCAUUUGGUUAAAUCAACUGAUUUGAUAAAGUAAUUUGGCUACCGUCGAUAAAGAGUUUUUAAAGCUGACGUUGCAAGCGUUAGCCCUUCAUCAGGCUGAGAUCCAGGGGCUAACGCUCGAAACGUCAGUCAGCUUCAGAAACUCUUUACGGUGGCCAAUUUACAUUAUCAGCUCAGUUCAUAAAACCAAAUUAUCUGGUUAUACCUUCCCCCCUUACCACACUUUCCAUAGAAACUUACCCCCCUCCUUUCCUGUAACUGUUGCGCAAUUAAGCAGUGACCUGCUGCAGAGAUAUGUUGAUUAUAAAACAUUAAAAUGAAAGUGAUAAGGUGCCUCAUACUGAUUGAACCAGUGUUACCCGCAUUUAAGACAAUAGCAGUGAACUUUCUUCAGUGAUAUUUCCCAUGGAAUUUCUUUAUUUACCCACGCUACUUGAUUUUCAGUGUUUAACAUCGGUUUAGCGGUGAGGAGUUGUACAAUGAUACCUGGCUCUGUUGUCCCUCGCCUCAGUUUCAUGUAAAACGGCAAAAAAUUUAGGAGUUAAGGAUAAAAACUGGCAAAUUUUAACCAUCGGUCGUAAAGAGAUUUAACCGUUAAAAUGUUGCCUAUUUGAUGUGUCAUUUUGGAAUUUUUCUCUUGUGGGCAAUGCGAGAAACAGGAAAUACUCUAUAUCCUCCCAACAGCAGUUU